AUGAUCCGUGCAUAUACAGAGAAUGGUCAGUUGCUGCAAGCGAGGAUUUUGUUCGGUAAGAUGCCGAUCAAGAAUGUGGUUUCCUGGACGAUAAUGCUAGAAGCCUACGGAAGAACUGGUGGUCUUGAAGAGGCUGAGGAUCUGUUUGAUUCGAUGCCUGGUCGUGAUAUAGUCGCCUGGAACGUGAUGAUGGAAGUGUUUGCGCAGAAUGGUCGUCUGCUGCAUGCUAGAAGCUUGUUCGAGAGCAUGGGUAAUAAAGAUGUGGCUUCCUGGACGACGAUGAUCACUGCCUACUGGCAGAUGGACGAAGCGAAGAAGGUUUUCGAGUUGAUGCCCGAGAAAGACGUCGUCUCUUGGAAUGUGAUGAUAUCUGGUUACGCUCACACGAAGCGUUUUCGCGAGGCCGAGACAUUGUUCGAAGAGAUGCCGAGGAGAGAUCUGGUUUCGUGGUCGCUGAUGAUCUCCGCGUAUGCUCAAAAUGGCGACACCGCUCGAGCAAAGGUUUUGUUUGACGGAAUGCCUCAGCAAAGGAACACGAUCGUAGCUGCGUACGCUUCGGAGGGCGAUUUGGGACUUGCGAGGAUGGUGUUUGAUGCGAUGCCGGAGAAGAAUGUCGUAUCGUGGACGACGAUCGUUAGAGCGUAUGCGCAAAACGGUCAUUUACGUGAGGCAAGGGUGUUGUUUGAAAAGAUGCCUGAGAGGGAUGUCGUGACCUGGAACUCAAUGGUCACAGCCUAUGCUCAGAACGGACUGGUUGAUCAAGCUGUGGAUGUCUUGAAUCAGAUGCCUUGCAGAGAUGUGGUUUCCUGGAACGUUACGAUUGCGGCAUAUUCGCACAACGGGCAUAAUCAGCAGGCCAUCGCGUUGUUUCGAAAGAUGGAUCUUGAAGGCUUGCAACCCAACGAGAUCACCUUCGUUACGAUCUUCGACGCCUGUGCAACGAGUGCGAUGAUAUCGGCAUAUGCACAGAGUGGUCAUGGCCUGCUAGCUCUGGAUCUCUUCAAGGAGAUGGGUUUGGAUGCAGUUGAACCGGAUGGAAUCACCUUCAUCGCGGUGCUUUCGUCUUGUUGUCACUGUGGGGAGCUGAAAGACGGGUGGACGUAUGUUGUGAGCUUGAGAAACGACUAUGGUGUUGAUCCCAUGGCUGAGCAUUACAUCUGCAUCGCCGAUCAUCUGGGAAGAGCAGGAAGGCUGGCUGAAGCUCAGGAUUUGAUUCACAACUUGCCCUUCCAUCCUAGUCCCGUUGCUUGGACUCACUCAUGGGAAUAACCAAACGAAAGAUUGCUCAACAAGUGCAGAAGUUGGAUGAAACGAACUCGUCUUGUUACGUGCUGCUCUCAAACACAUACGAAUCUUGAUUUGAAAUAGGGUUUGAACAUUUCAGUGAGAACUAUAGUGGGAAAUUUUCAAACUUAUUUCCCGGACGACAUGAGUUAAGUCCUCUCAGAUUUUCAGGCAAAUGACAUUAAAACUAGGAUUACAAAAUCUUAAA